GAGAGAGAAAGAGAGAGGGAGAAAGAGAGCCCCCAGCUAGAGUUGCCGCAGCUGUCUAUACACACGAGCAAGAAAUACGAAUGAUACGCUGCUCCCCUUCCCCAUUCCACUGCCACAACAACAAACCUCCACGAGUGGAGCACGAUUUGCCAUGUGGCCCAGCCUGUUUGUUCUCUCACUCACACUCACUCCCUGACUCGCAUACGAACAACAUGACUAACUUGAAAACACUGUCGGUCGGUCUCUUCGGUUCAGUUCGGAUCGGUUCGGUCGCUGCUUUGCUGUCUGCCCCUCUUCUCCAUCCCCCGACCGACCUCUUCGAUGGUCUGCUCUGCUCUUGUGUAUUAUAUUGAGUCAAUUCAUAAGAAACGAGGAAACCCGCCAUAUCGCCGUUUGUUGCUGAAUACAUGUUUACAUUAGUGUAUGCGUAUGAGUGUGCUUGUGUGAGCCUGUGUGCGAGUGGCAUGAGCAUGAAUCAAGUUAAAAAUUUUAAUAAUUUGCCCCGAUGUUGUGGCUGAAAACGAGUUUAGCUUGUUGAGCCACAAAAUGUUUCCGUCUCUGUCUUCUGUGACUGGCGGUGUAUGCAUGUGUGUGGGUUAGGGUCCCCCCUCGGUGCUUGUGCGCGCUUGCAGCUACUUGUUUUCUUUCCUCCUCGUCUUCGUCUGCGUCGUUGUCUUCAUCGUCUUUUUCUUGAACGCAACAGCGAUAAUACACUCAACACAAAAGCAGACAGGCAGCAAAGCCACAAAACUUUUUAUAUUAAAGCAGAGAAGAGGAGCUUUCUAGAGCGCUUGAUAAGCGGUUUACUUCGUCUCUCUCUCUCUCCUUCUUGCAGCUGUGGUGGCUGUGUGUAGGGGGGGCUAUGACGUACCGCAUCCACUCGACCGUUUGUAAAGUGUUGUAUGAAAUGAAAUUAAGGCGAUUAAAGAGCGCGCGCGAGCGGUCGUGAGUUUCGUGAGUCGUGCACUUAUCUCUUACAAAGGGGCACGAAAAGUGUCGACCAUAAGAUACCUUGUAAUGAUUGGGAAAUAUGUACACAGUACAUACACAAAACUCAUGAAUAACCACAAGUUUGAUGCCAUAGAUGACAGCGGCAGCACAAUGCAGAUAACAAGCAACAUGCUGCAGUCGCAGUCGAAUCUGCAGCAGGCGUUGCCCUUCAAUUCCACCAUACUGAGGGACUUUAAGAUAACCGACAGCGAGAUUGCGGACUUUGUCAAGCUGAUGCACGAGUUCCAGCGGAACAACCAAUCCUUGCUUCACGACGAAUGCUCGGGCUACUGCCAGGGUGAAAUCUAUAACUGGCUGAAGGCCUACAACAGCAUUCAUGGCUAUGUCUCGCUAAUGAUUUGCAUUUUCGGCACAAUAGCAAACAUCUUGAACAUAAUGGUAUUGACCCGUAAGGAAAUGGCCAAGGCGCCCAUCAACAACAUACUGAAAUGGUUAGCUGUGGCAGAUAUGUUUGUGAUGCUGGAAUAUAUACCCUACACAUCGUAUCAGUACAUCUACAUGGAGCCGGGUGAAAAGGAUCUGAGCUAUGGCUGGGCUGUUUUCCUUCUGGUGCAUAUGCAUUUCACUCAGAUUUUGCACACAAUUUCCAUAGGCCUUACCGUAACAUUGGCCGUGUGGCGCUAUGUGGCUAUCAGACAUCCAAAUGGGAGCUGUGCCAAUUUUCUGCUCGCACAUUCCAGAGAGGCCAUCCUAUUUCCGUUCAUCAUCUCGCCGAUACUCUGUCUGCCCACGUACUUUGUGUUUCAGGUGCGCGAGACGCACGACGUGGACACUGUCGAUCACGAGGCGCUCUAUCAUACGUACUUUGAUGCGGAUUCGGUACUCUACAGGUUCAAUUUCUGGAUACAUUCGGUGAUCAUUAAGCUGCUGCCGUGCAUUGCCCUCACCGUCAUCAGUGUGGUUCUCAUGAAUGUCCUGUGCGAGGCAUCACGUCGCCGCCUCAUGCUGAAGGACUACGCCAAUGCCAACAAGUACGCCGUACAGCUAUGCCUCAACGAUACCAAGUCCAGGAGGUGCGUACAACAUGGUUGCUUUUACAAAGCUCCGUCUAAAAUGUAUUCUCUGUUAAGGCCACCGCGUUGCGAUCGGCGCAACGAUCGGACGACUCUCCUUUUGGUGGGCGUGCUGGUACUCUUUCUGGUCACCGAGUUUCCGCAGGGUUUGCUGGGGCUCUUGUCUGGGAUGAUGGACAAGUGCUUCUUUGCCCACUGCUACCCGCCCUUUGGCGAGCUAAUGGAUCUCCUGGCCCUAAUCAAUGCUGCAGUGGGUUUUGUCCUCUAUGGCCUGAUGUCGAAGCAGUUCCGCACCACCUUCCGUUCGCUGUUCUUCAAGCAACACUUUGGCAGCACAGAGAUGACCCGCCUGACACGCGUCACCACCACCUGCGUCUAAGGAGGAGCAGCUGUCAGGUCCGCCUGGAUAUGUGUGGCAUCUCAAAGAUGCCCCUGAAAGGUGUCUCUAAACUAUAAACUUUCUAAAAGUGGUCUUAGCUGUGUUAUACGCUGGAAAUUGAUCGGUUAAUUGAUUGACUCGCGCAACAUGUGAUUUGGCUGUUGGCUGUUUGAAGCAAGUGCCAUUUCCCUUACCAUUUGGCUGCUGAUAAAAGUUAUUGGAUUAUUGGACUUAAGAUUAAAUAUUAAACAUUAAAGGAAUGCAUAAGUAGCCUAUCCAUAUUUGAUGUUUCAGAAUGUUAUGGAUGUCGUUGCAUUUAGGCUAAGCUGAUUAAAUGUAAAUGUACUUAAGAGAUCUAAUCAACAUCUGUGUGUGGAUAUGU